GCUCUCCUCUCCUCCUCCUCCUCCUCCUCCACCACACACACUCUCUCUCUCAUCGCCGUGAGAAUGGCGUCUGCUUCGAAGCAGAAUCCUUCUUCUUCAAAACCUCCAAGACACCCGUUUUCAAUCGCGGCCUCAAUCCCCUCGAAAGCCUGCGCUGGGGAAGAAUCCCAAUUUCGAAACCCUAACCCUAGCUCAAGCCUCUUACCGUCGAAUUCGCCGAUUUCGAUGUCAGUCGAAGAUCAGAUCCUCGGACGCUCCACUCACCUAACCCGACCCGAGCUUCUACGACGCCGAUCGCACAACCUGAAGCAGCUCGCAAAAUGCUACAGAGACCAUUACUGGGCCUUAAUGGAGGAUCUCAAGGCCCAACACAGAGAGUAUUACUGGAAGCACGGUGUUAGUCCUUUCAAAGAAGAUAAUCAUCACCACCAAAACAAGAGGCGUAGGAUUGAUGGCGGUGAAGUUGAAGGUAGCGGAGACAACGACAACGGCGUUAAGAGUGAUCCGAGUCUGACAGGAAACUGUGUUGCUUGUGGUAGUGGAAGCAAGUCAAAGGCCAUGCCGUUGACUAAUUACUGUCAGCUUCAUAUCCUGUCGGAUAAAAAACAGAAGCUUUACACUUGUUGCACUUUCGUCAACAAAAGAGCUCAGUCAAAAGCAAUCACGUGUCCAAAACCAACGCUUGCAUCGACCGUGCCUGCCUUGUGUAACGCGCACUUUCAGAAAGCUCAAAAGGAUGUUGCUAAGGCUUUGAAAGAUGCUGGUCAUAAUGUUUCUUCAGCGAACAAGCCUCCCCCUAAACUACAUGAUAUUGUUGCCGCGUUUGUGCAUCAUAUUCAAGCGAAGAGAAAGAAUCCGGGGAGAGAGAGCAAACUAAGAAGCUCGGUGAAAGAAGAGAUUAUUAGCUAAGUGGGAACUGUUACAGUUGCAGAUGGGAUAACUUGUGUUACACGGUUGUGCGCAAAAGCGGAAUACUAUAGCAUCAUGAGUGAGAGAAAUGGGCAGCUGAUCUUAAUAUGUUUUAACGAUGGGCAUAGAUACUGUAUUCAACUAUGCCUCUGAUCAUGAUGAAAGUUUGUAGAUCUUGGUAGAUUUUUGAAUGACUAGCUUCUAAGAGUUGUUUUGUGGUGUUCAAAGUUCAUUCCAUUUUGCCUGUGUUAAUGGUGCUGACGACAGUCAUUUUUAGUU